AUGGCGAAACUCUGGACUAAGCGUUCGGUACUCUCUACGGUGGCCACAAUUUUCGAUCCCAACGGUUGGAUCGCGCCAGUGAUAUUUUGGGCCAAGUACUUUUUACAGCGAUUGUGGAUCGCUGAGAUCUCUUGGGAUAAGCCUAUCACUGGGGACCUCCUUACCGAUUGGCUGGGAUUUCUGAAUCGGUUGGAAUCCAUUACUCAGGUCUCGAUACCACGCCAUUUUCUUCCAUCCGGGAAGUACAAAGCAUCGCUCCACGGGUUCUGCGAUGCUUCGGUGUCAGGAUACGCCACGGUGGUAUAUUUACGUACCGUAAAGCGGGAUGGAACAGCGGCGGUUCACUUAGUGACGGCUAAGAGUAAGGUUGCUCCUCUACGGACUCGGUUGAGUAUCCCUAAGUUGGAACUUUCGGGAGCUGCCUUACUCACUAGGUUACUGAAUCACGUUAUCUCUACGUUAGGCAAAUUGAUAGAACUAUCGGAGGUUUACGCUUGGUCGGAUAGCCAAAUCGUCUUGGCUUGGCUCCAGGCUUCUCCUCACAGGUUGGAAGUCUUUGUCGCCAAUCAAGUGUCUCAGAUCCAGGCUUCGGAGGUGAAGUUGAUCUGGAGACACGUUCCAGGUGAACUCAAUCCGGCGGAUGUGGCUUCACGGGUUUGUGAUGCCCCCCCUUUGGUAGACCAUCCCCUCUGGUGGGGACCAAAGUGGCUGGCGGAUCCGGUGUCGACGUGGCCUCCUACGAGUUUACAUGGUACUGAAUCUCUGCCUGGCAUUAGGAUUGCGGCAGUCGAAACAGAGGCCACGCCUUCAGAUCCUCUUCUAGCUAGAAUCAUGUCAUUCCCACAAUACCCUAUUUUGAAUGUGGAAGACAUUAGCCGAAUUCCAGCUGCUGAUGAACAUCGAGAACCAGCUAAUUCACAUGAAAACUUGAUAGAAGACGAUAACCCGAUCACAAAUCCUUUUUAUUAUGCUCAAGAUAGAGAGAGGUGGUACAGUGAAGUAGCAGCAAAGGUCUGUGAGGAGAGUCGGACAAAUACACAAAAGGAACUUUGA